AUGACUUUUGUGGAUGUUCCGGGACUCUGUCGUGCAUUGGCAACCGAAUAUCCGGUUCAGCCUGGUGGCCCUCACCCGCCAAAGGUCUCUCCUCGGGUAUACAACCCGACUGUGUUCUCUGCAUACCCCGGCGGUAGACCGAUGGAUGCACACAUCCCCGGCCAGCUUUUACAUUAUGCCCCGAUGCAAGUGAGAGAUCGGAUUAAGUUACCGCUAAGUUGA